GUGGGAGCUGCGGCGUGGGACGGACUAAGAGCGCUCUUAGGGACUCUCCUCCCUUGAGAGCUGGAUAACUCCCAUAGAGGGAGAACAGCACUCCCAAGAGUACAUUGCAGGAGGACGCAAGGUGCUCCAACAGACAGCCUAAAAUUAGCUUUCACUUCUGUACAGCAAUAUGCAGCGUUUACAAAACAACUUGUCAGCUUGAGUUUGUCCGUGCAGAAUAUUACUUACUACUAGAGGGAGAAUUGUGGAUGAAUGCCGCUGUUAGGAAAUAUCCGCAUUCCUACUAAGUGGUAUAACAUUCCUCUUGUCAAGUGCUACUGAAACGCUAAAACGUCGGAGCCAGUCCUUCGAGUGAGCAGGAGACGGACGGAAAGUGGGAUAUUUCGGGGAAAACUUAUUCGUACAUGUUAAGGGCAAGGAGAAGCAUUCUUGACCAGCUGCAGCGCGUAGACCCCCCCCCCCCCCAUAUGCACCAUUAUUAGUUUUCUUUUUCGAAACUGGUUUCAUGGGAUUUCAUGUGCUUACUGAACGCCCAUGACAGUAGACUCAGUCCAUAAGUUUACCGUCUAUCCCGUCCUGUGUACCCUUUGUAUACCCUCCCUUAGUGACUGAGUGACUCAGUCUUUAAGACCAGUGAUCCCUCUCAUAACUUGUUCUAAUUCCAGUGACCUCAUCCUUCCUGUAUUUGUUCCCCUGCCCCUCUACUUUACUUUAAAACACUGUUUCAAUCAAGCUCUGAGCGCUUUUAGUGCGGACCCUCGGAUUUAAAAGCGCUCCAGUGAGUGAGUGCCCCUCCCUACUCCAAUUGCGCAGCCUGUGAACCCUGACUUGCCCGCCCGCUGGCAGCUGCCACCUGCUGCUCGGCGUAAUUUGGAAUAAGAAAGUCACCCUCUGCAACGAUCGCAGCUAACUUGGUCAUUUCGGGACCGAUCAUUCCGGGGCUGUUGGACACCAUGGGGUUCAGCAUCUUUAUCAACUUGGCACUGCUUUCCGGACUGUACCUCAGGGUGGAGGGGGAUUUCGACCUAAGGUGGCAGAGACAAUUGAUAACUUCCAGCGGGCUGUGUCGAUACGGAUCAAGGAUUGACUGCUGCUGGGGUUGGGUCCGUCAGUCCUGGGGACAUUGUCAGCCUUUCAACGUCUUAAGACACAGAGUAGUCGGCUUAAGGUGUCAACGCAAAGCUUUGUGUCAACCAGCAUGCAAGCAUGGGGAAUGUGUAGGACCAAAUAAAUGCAAGUGUCACCCUGGAUUUACUGGAAAAACCUGCAAUCAGGAUGAACAGGUCCACACAACUCCCCCUGUCCAGCGAAGUGAUUACAUUCUUUCCCACCCCAGAGAUCGUCAUAUGGCAAGUGUACAUUCAAGGGAUCUUAAUGAAUGUGGACUGAAACCUCGACCGUGCAAACACAGGUGUAUGAAUACUUUUGGCAGCUAUAAAUGCUACUGCCUGAAUGGCUACAUGCUUAUGCCAGAUGGAAGUUGUGGAAGUGCUCUUAGCUGCUCAAUGGCUAACUGUCAGUACGGCUGUGAUGUCGUGAAAGGGGAGGUUCGCUGUCGCUGUCCAUCUCCUGGUCUGCAGCUGGGACCAGAUGGCAGGACUUGUGUAGAUGUUGACGAAUGUGCCACUGGAAAAGCAGUGUGCCCCAUGUACAGAAAGUGUAUCAACACUUUUGGAAGCUACCUCUGUAAAUGCCAGGAUGGGUUUGAUCUCACAAAUAUUGCAGGAAAAUUUCAGUGCAUAGAUGUCAAUGAGUGUGCAACUGGAAGACAUUACUGCAGCAAUGUUGCCGUUUGCUAUAAUACAAUUGGAUCAUACAAAUGCAAAUGCAAAAAAGGUUACAGGGGAAAUGGAGUUGAAUGUAAACCUAUUCCCAAGGUUAUGAUUGAUCCACAUCUCCCAUAUCCAUUCUUCCCCAAGAAAAAUGGAAAAUGGAAUGAUUCAUUCAUAAAUAAUAAAAUACCUGAGAAUGGCAUUACAAAGAGUCCACUACCUCCACGACCUCCACGGCCUUCUAAGAUUAUUUAUACAACUAAGUCUACAGUUAAGCCAACAACUAAAUUAACCAUCAAGCCAACAACAUUGCCUAUCAUCAAACCAACAACAAGAGCAACAAUUAAGACAACAACAAGACCUACAACAAAGCCUGUAGUGAAAUCUACUCCCAACCCAACAGAUCCUCCAGUAGUCAUAACCACUGCAAUUGUAACUACAAGACAGAUGGAAACUACAACCAGAGAAAAGUCUACAGUGGACAACAAUAUCCAAAAUGAGGUUCACAGAGGAGACGUUUUUAUACCGAAAAAGCCUGGAGGUAGCACAGGGCUCACUGAAAUUGAUAUUGAAAUAGGUGAAGAGAAUGAAGCUGGAGAUGAUCCAGCUAUGUUGCUACACAGCUGUAACUUUGAUUAUGGCCUUUGCGAAUGGACAAGGGAAAGGGAAGAUGACCAGCAAUGGGAAACAAUUGCGGAUCCCGCAGGUGGACAGUACCUAACAGUUUCUGAGGUGAAAGAGACACACAAACCUGGAGCACGCUUAAUUCUUCCAGUUGACAAAUCAGUAAUCUCAGAGGGGAUGUGCCUCUCCUUUCGACAUCUAGUUUCUGGAAGACAUUCAGGAAAUCUCCAUCUCUUUAUAAGAAGGAAUGGAGUUCAUGGUCCAGCUUUGUGGGGCAGAAACAGUGGGCAUGGCUGGAGGCAUACUCAAAUAACACUCCAUGGACUGGACAUUGAACGAGUCAUUUUUAAAGGGGAACGAGGGAAGGAGAGGACAGGAGAGAUUGGCUUGGAUGAUAUAAGUCUAAAAAGAGGUCGUUGCUUGGAAGGUCUUUAGUAUGUAAUGAAACACCUAACAAGAGCAACUUGGGAACAUUGCAUGGACUCAUAUUACCUCAUAAAGAAGUGAGAAAUGAACCCUUUGGAGGUAACACUUACCAGCAACUCACCUGCCUGAAACUUAUCAUUUCAAAGCAGAUACAGAAGAAGUUGUCUUGGGGCACAGCAACUUCAAAAGACAGACUAAAUUAGGUGCCUCUGUUGCAGUAUUCCCUUUCUCAUUGCUUCACUAAAGCUGAAGAGUGCAAUUUAAAGAAAAACAUAAAUUAGCAAAGGAACUAUUAAAUGCGCAGCCUUUUCAAAGAGCAGAAGUACUGUCACAAAUAUCCUUCUCGUACCCCAUUGUAUAUCCACUUCUUUUUUAUGUAUCAUGAUCAUUUAUGGUAAAAUGUAUUUAACAGUAGUUUAUCUGUACUGUAUGUGACUUUGGUGUAACAUGCCUGAAUUGUUAAUCUCACCAAGUAGCCACUAGUGUAUUGAAGCACGAUGUUACAUUAUGCAUCUGUGGUGUAUUGGCAGUAGCAUCAUUUAAAGAGAGAACGAUGUACUCCUGUAACCAUGUUUCGGUAAUAGUACCAGACUUAACAGGUUUGCAAGUUGCAAUUUACUAUCUUACUAGUUUCUCAUUUUGUCGGAGAGACUAGUUAAAGCUCAAGGGACACAGAUGCUUUUAUAGAAAGUGUCAACUUACUUUAGUUGAACAGACAAAAAUGAAUGUCUGGUUGGACUCUGUCCUGCUCGUCUUUUAUCUGGGCUGUGCAGGUCUUUGUUUAGUUAGUACUGGGAAGAUGCAGUUAACAACAAGCCAGUUCUGUAUCCAUGUUAGUUACUAGUAAAUGGCAUAGCAGGCUGCUACUCUUACAUCACCAUUAAGUGAUGUAGCUAUUUGCUUCUCUUGCAUCACCGCUGAGAAGUUUCUCCUCUUGCAUUUGGUGAACUGUUUUCCAACUGACAAGGCACCUAAUGUUAUUCUAAAAUAAUUAUACUUAUCCUAAAAUUUCUGUAUUGCAAAAUACAGCUUUCUUUAGAGUAAAUAUAAUGUGCAGACUGCAACCAGUUUAAUUUUCAGUUUGUAGUCUUCCUUUGCAGAUGACUGCAGUAGGUAGAAGUCCUGAUGUGAUAUGAUAUGAUAUGAUAUGAUAUUUAAAAAGAAGCUGUAGAUCUGGAAACACGUGUUAGUUGUGACAUUUUAAUUUGCUGUUGGGUAAAACCCUGACUUUUCUGUAUCCCUAACUGAAAAAAUAGCAGGAGUUCAGCCUCAUUAUAUAUUAUGAUUUAGAUUUGCUUUAAAUGGCAAAUGUGUUAAACCUGUGUACCUGUCAUUCUAAAAAAACUGCCUUUUCUUAUUUUAAACUGUCAGCCUGCAUUGUGUAGGGCUCAGUUGUUCUUGUUGGGUUUCAGUGAGCACUUUCUGUGGGUAAGUGGUUUAUCUUACAGGGGCCACUGCCUGCUAUUUUAUAUUUAAUUUUUUUUAGAUCAAUUUAAUUUAAUAUUGAAUGAAAAUGGCAUGCUCCAGUAGGGAUGAAAGCCCUUUGAAAUAUGUUUAAAUAUAUCAGAUGAGUUUUGGGGUAGUCUAUAAAUUGUACAAAACACAAUUUGUUAAGUAAAAGUCCAACAAAAAGGAUUCUACAGAAGACCAACAAUUUAUGUUUGCCCAAAAGUACUGUUAUAUUUUUUCCAAAUAGCAAAGCAAUAUAUUUGGGGAUGUUUGAUCAGUUCACCACUGUUCAAAGAAUUUUGCUUUGCAUGGUCAAACAAUAAUCAUUUUCUGGAGCUUGUUUUUAUAAUAGUUUGAGAAGUUCUGAAAACAGACUUUUUGUCUGAGUAUUACAGAGAAAAUCACACUUGUUAUUCAUGUAGAAACAGUUCAGUGAAUAAUCUUUGGAUCCUUUUGACAAUUCAGGCUAAUUCUUAUGCCAUGUCUAGUAGUCAGAACAUAUUUCAAGUUUAUGCAACAUACAAGUGUAGCCAGAAUGACUGCAGAAUUGUUCCAUUUCUGUGAGCAUGCACAAGUUAUUGCCUGUUUAUUAUGUCCUCCAUUUCCAAGACAGCAUCCCUCUGCUGUACAUUGAGCCAGCACAGCCAAAAGGUAAGGCUUUGCACUGUCACUAUAUUACUGCUUAGCUGAGGCUACAGGUCCCAAAUGCAAUAAAAGACAGUUAUUGUGCACAAUGUGAUAAAGGAGCCUUGAUAUGGUGGACCAGAAAAAUUAAUGUGAUGACAUCCUAUAUGCUUCAGUCCUUUACUGUAACAAAACCCAGAAUAUUAGAUGGGCGUCAAACAAGUCAUGUAUGCUGUGUGACAGGCUACAGGCUAACAUGUGGCUCCUAUCCAUUUUCCAUGCUCUGUUUCCCUGCCGUGGCAUGCAUGGUUGGUGGUGCCAAUUUAAGCAGCAACCUACCUAGCUAUCAGGUUUAUUUGGUGACUAAACCGCUGACAAUGACUUUCUGCCAGUGCUGUCACCCUGUUAUAUUUAUGUCAUUGGAGCAGUACAUAAUUGAUUGUGUAUAUCUGCAAGUGGUUGGAAUUAGAUAGUGCCCAAAUAAUAACACACAGAAGAACAGACUGUUUCCAUAAGAAAUCAUUGUCAGCAUACUUUUUGAUUGUGUUCCGGCUGAGAUUCCUUUCUUUUAAGAUAUUUUCCCCUUCUUUGUGCUUGUGCAAUAAUGGAGUUGGUAUAAGUUCAGGGGGGUGGGGGACUUGCCCCCUGCAAAAAAUGAUUAUAGUUGGAAUUUUUCCCCUUGUGGCAUUUUGGGCAUUUGAGUUCAGGUACGUGAUUCCUUAGUGUCUUGUCAGUCAGGCUUUCAAAAUGGAUCCAGCUGAUUCACUUGUGUAACCUAAUUAAAAUAUAAGAUUAAUACCAUUAUUAAUUUAUUCUAUAACAAUAUUUCAUUUAGGGUAAUGCAAGACUUCUUUUGUAACAAUAUUACAAACAGCAUAGAUUGUCUAUGCCCGGAUAAUUCUAUAUACAGCAUGAACAGUGAACUCAGAAAACAUUCAGUAUUAAAAUUACCCGCAUUUGAUGAGCUUCAUUCUGUAAUCUUGGGUUUGAUUCCCCCAGUUGGCAUUUGCAUACUUUGUGACUCCAAGUAAGUAAGUUAACCAGAAUAUACUCCUGUUCUGGCUCUGUAAAGAGGCAUUUGUACCUAUUAGGCUUGACUAAUUAACACAUACAUAUAAUACAAUUAAAUUGGGUGUUUUGGGACUUUGAAUAUUUAAACAUCAAGUGCAAAGGUUUUAAUCAUUUCUUUUUUGUAUUGCAUCCUAGUUACUUUGCAAUAAAAUCUUCUGCUGAAAACAUAUAAAAACACUACAAACUAUUCUCCCCUCUGCUGCAUCAUCAGAAGGUGGGGCUGGAUGGCAUGGCAUCAGGAAGUAACUGAACAAUUGCUCAGAAUUCAGUAAACACCAGUUUAUAAAACUUCAGAAUUAUAGGUCCACUGAAGUUUAAAAUUAAAGUUAGAAACUACACAUUUUAGAAUAAGAAAGCCUACUUUACUAGUUGAUGACAUAAUUAUAACAAAAAAAAAUGGUUAAAAAACCCUUGCACUUGAUCUUUAACAUGAACUUAGUGGAAAAUAACAAUGUUGUUCAAUAAACAAUUUUAGGACAGGAAGAGUUGUAAAAAUAAAUAAAUAAAGUAGGUAGGGUAACAUGGUAACAUAGCUAUACAAGUGUAAUGGAAAUUGGGAGAGACAAAGAACUAUAGGCUAGUAAAUUUAUUUUCUGAAGAUGCAAGGCUGUGGAGAGUCGCCUCUGAAAUAAUUACUAUAGAAGGGUAAUGUGGCCUUGGCACAUAAUGAUUGUGUUAGAAAGGCAUCUAACCAAAGAAUAAGUGUAGUAAUUGCUUUAUGGGCUUUUCUGUUACAUUUGAUAGGGUGCGUCAAACUGAAUUGGUUAGGAAAAUGGCAAACGAUAACAUCACUAAGCCGAUAAAAAAGGUAAAACAACAGAGAAUAGUUAUAGGAAUAGGUAGUUCAUAAAAUAGUGAGAGAAAAGGGAGUGUUACAUAUUACAGAGUGUGGUUUUACAGAUGCUAGAGAUUCGCAUAGAUACAAAUAUUUGUUACACCAAGUGUAUAGACUCUGUGUAGCUGGGGACCUUAAUCAUUAAUGGAAAUAUCUGAGUUGUACAGAACCACUUCCAUAUGAGUCAUGCUCAUACGGAUGUUGAAUAAAGUUUGACAUGGCUAAGUAAAAUGUCAUGACAUUUACUUCCAUGGAAGAUCUGUUAGUUUGAGAUAUGUUUCGGGAUUUACAGAUGUGCAAGUGGAUUCAGGAAUAUUCAUAAAUAAUAAUUUACAAUAUAAUAAAAUAUAAUCAUUUAUAAUCAUUCAGGGCAUGUGUUUUACAGGUGAACAGUAAUGCAUAUAGGUUAAUAGGAAUUGUAGUAUAGGAAAUGAAGCCUGAGAGUCCUGAAGUUAUUGCUUUCUAGGAAUAUAGUGAGUUAUAUGGAAUAUAAUGAAACAUUUUAUUUUCUAGAUAGAAAAUAAGUUAACAGUUGACAGGGUAUAGAAAUUAGCCUAUUAUGUUCACCCAUCCAUCUGACAACUGACCAAGAGGACCUGUUGCUAUGAGACAGCAACAUGUGAACAGAUGUCAACUGACGGACAAUACCAAUUCUCAGAGUAGGAAGAAAAAGACUGAACGUAGUGAGAAAAGUAGGAUAAAAAUUGGUACAAUAAAAGACUGAUUUUGCAGUCGAAUUCUGCUCAUGUCAGAAGAAUGGAAAGUAGGAUGAAAUAUAUAUGGAUAAGCAUUAGUUUACAGCACGAUAAACUGGUGGCCCUUAGGGUUUCUGCUACAACCUACGAGCCCGUAGCUCUGGCCUUGUCCAUUGCUGCCUUAUGAUUUCUGUAUGAGAGAAGUCUGUAGUGUGUCAGUUUAAUUUAAUUAACUUUAACUUGAAUGUCCAUGGCCAGAAAUCAGGCAAACAACCCUCUCUAUUCUUCCCUUUUAUACUGCUUCAUCUUCUAUCAUAAAUUAUAGAAGUGAUAUACUACCUCUAACCAAUGUAAGCUCCUCAUAUAGCACUGUAUCAAGCUGAUGUAUCAAUUUUAGUAGCCUGAAAUGCCUGACUUUAGCUGUGCUGCACACCAAAUGUAAUUCUCUUAACUUCAUGAUACCAUUAGUUGUGAUGUCAUAUUUCAUCUAGAAAAGCCAUUCUCUUCCUAAAAGACUUGUCACUUUACUUGCCUAGGUACACAAUGCUACAUUCUUGUCAUUAAGUGAACAUCACCAAAAUAAAUAUAUAGGUCCUCAGGUAAAACACUAAGCUUUUUAAGCGUGUUUAAUAUUUUUAUUUUAUUAUUUAUAUUUUUGGUAGAAAAGCAUCCAGGAA